AAUGAUCGCGCCCGGCAUCCCCCGCGCCGCUCCCGGCCCGCCCGGCCCCGCCGCCAUGGCCUUCACGUUCGCCGCCUUCUGUUACAUGUUGGCGCUGCUGCUCACCGCCGCCCUCAUCUUCUUCGCCAUCUGGCAUAUUAUAGCAUUUGAUGAGUUGAAGACCGAUUACAAGAAUCCCAUAGACCAGUGUAAUACACUCAAUCCUACAGUUGAAAAGGUCAAAAAGAUUAAAAGAGUCAAAAUUGCAUUAAAGCUUGUACUUCCAGAGUACCUCAUCCAUGCAUUCUUCUGUGUUAUGUUUCUCUGUGCAGCAGAGUGGCUUACACUGGGUCUCAAUAUGCCUUUGUUGGCUUAUCAUAUUUGGAGGUACAUGAGUAGACCUGUGAUGAGUGGCCCUGGUCUGUAUGAUCCUACAACCAUCAUGAAUGCAGAUAUUUUAGCCUAUUGCCAGAAAGAGGGAUGGUGCAAAUUAGCAUUCUACCUUCUAUCAUUUUUUUACUACCUAUAUGGCAUGAUUUAUGUUCUGGUGAGCUCUUAAGAAGACAUUCAGCAAGCUUUGUUCCAGUUAAGUGCAUGCAAAAGCCACAAACAUGGAUUCUUUACAAGGAGAUCCUCUUACCAAGAUUAAUUACGGAAUCUGAUGAUCGCAUUUGCGUUAGAAAACAAUGACUCCCCUAUUUUUAAAAUAUUUCCACAUUUUAUACUUGUGGAAAGACUGUUUUCUUAUAUUUUACUGGGACAGUGAAAUUAAAGAAUUACAUGUAAAUUAAUAUAAAGAUUACUGGGUUUUGAAAAGUGUUGACUUUGCACUCCAUAAGGAACAGCCAUAAUCUUCAAGUAGGUAUUUGUUACUGACUAGCCUUAGUACACUAGGGACUUUCUUUAGGCUGGGCUUCGUAGUGGCUCAUUUGGACUUGCGUAUCCCACUCUAACUGUAAACCAGCUCUAGCUGCCGAGUGCUUGGGAAGGACUGGAAGUGCUGUGUGUUUCACCUGUAGGCGAUGUUGGUCUUAAGAGAUGACUUCGUGGACACAAUUGCAAAAAUUGGAAUUCUAUUUUGUUGUAUUUUAUUUUUUUUUUCUAUCUAGUUAAUCUUUCCCUGUAUAUGCAUGGUUCAGAGACUUCUGUAUUUUUACUGAACGUUAGCCUUGCUUUAAUCUCAAGCAUAUGUCAUUGUGAUAGGAGAAGUUGAAUUGUCCACAAAGGAGUGAAUUUAAAUGAUGAUUAUUUUUUUUUUUUGUCUGUGCUGUUUUAUUAACAAAUGGACAAACCUACAACAUUUAUCAAGUCCAAUGAUGAAAAUACUCUUGAGUUUAAGAGUAAUACUACAGACCUUUUCAAAGCAGAAAGUGAGAUUGUGAAACUGCCCUGCUGUUCCUUAGUGCAAUAAAUAAUAAAAAAAUAAUGUCAAAUUCAGAAACA